AUAGUGGCAAUGUCUUCAACAUAUUAAGAUAAAUCAAAGUGAAGAUUUCCCUAGUAGUUUACAACUAGAUUAGGAUUCGCUUUGCAGACAAGCUCCACAACUUGCAGUCUAUAAAGAGUUUGUGUUGGAGUCUUAAUUUAAAUGUUAACGCAUACGGACGCUGAACUUAUGACACCUCUAGUGAGCUCGAACCGGUGCUGCAGAUGGGCGGCAUAAGCAGGAAUUUGUAUCUCAAUAUGUUGAAUGGAACAGAGGCGCAAAGUUUUGCCAAAGACCCUGAAUUGAACAGCCACCUUCACCGAAACCGCGACUUACCGGACUUCAAAAUGGGCAUCCAAGACACGAGGUUUUACUACCAGGACUCGAUUCCAAACGGACAGGACAGUUUGACGUUGCCGUUCCACGCUGAACACCACCAAAGCGCCGGAGCGCAGGCUGGGAGGUUUUACGCACCGGCUCCGCUCGGCAGCUGUCACUUCACCAGCCGGAGCGGGACGGGACAUACUUACGUUCCAGCCGGAGCCGAUGCGUAUUCUUCAGCCAACGGUAAAGACGUGUUUCCGAGCAGCGCAGACGGCUACCCGGCGUCUUUUCAGCACGGGUAUCCACGAGCACCGAUGUACUCUUUACCUGGUCUACAGGUGUCUGGGAAGACUCAAGUGCUCCUCAACAACUACCCGCUGUGGGCAAAGUUCCACAAGUACCAGACAGAGAUGAUCAUAACGAAACAAGGACGGAGGAUGUUCCCUUUCCUCAGCUUCAACAUCAGCUCUUUGGACCCCUCGGCUCAUUAUAACAUAUACGUGGAUGUGGUUCUUGCAGACCAGCAUCACUGGAGGUACCAAGGAGGCAAAUGGGUCCAGUGCGGCAAGGCAGAAGGCAACAUGCCAGGAAACAGAAUGUAUAUGCACCCAGACUCUCCCAACACUGGGAAUCAUUGGAUGAGACAGGAAGUUUCCUUUGGCAAACUGAAACUCACCAAUAACAAAGGCAGCUCUAACAAUGUAGCACAGAUGAUAGUGCUGCAGUCGCUCCAUAAAUACCAACCACGUCUUCACAUCGUGGAGGUGAAAGAGGAUGGAACAGAGGACCCCUUUCUGACCUCGAAAACUCAGACGUUAGUCUUCCCUGAGACUCAGUUCAUUGCCGUCACUGCCUACCAGAAUGCAGAUAUCACUCAGCUGAAAAUAGAUCAUAACCCUUUUGCUAAAGGUUUCCGGGACAAUUAUGACACGCUCUAUGCACCUCCUGACUCAGACCGCCUUACGCCUUCCCCAACCGAGAGCCAGCAGCUCCUCCCAGGCAGUUGUUACCCUCACCAGCCAUACCUGUCUGAUCAAUACAUGAGCCCCAUGCCUCAGAGUCGUUUCUACAGCCGCGAGCCGGUCAGCAUGACCCAGCAGUGCCCCAAAGACCCUGCCGCCAGCCCUCACAGCCGCUUUUACCUGCCCAGCCAGCAGGGGGUGCCACCGAACCGCCUCGACUUUAACGCAUACGAGAGCGAAUACACUUCCAACAACCUCUACAAGCCGUUUCCAAUUCAGACGUCCCCACACCACCCUCUGGGCUACUACUCUGACAGCCACUUCGCUUCCGGGCCGGUUUCUGGCGCCAGCGCAGGAGCAUGGAGCUCCGGACGGCCCUCAACACAGUACCUUAAUCACCCACACCACAGUAAACCCGGGUCUAGUCUCGGCUGGUUCCGAACCAUCUCGACCCCAGCCGCGUCUUCAUCUCCCUCAGCGGUAAACUCACGCUUCCAUUCCUCCCCAUCGCUCCUGGAUCUCCAGCGCCAGCCGCUGCUCCAAGACAAGUCCAAAGAGUCCGGGGAGGACACCUGGAUGGAAGCCCCCUCGGUUAAAUCAGUGGACUCAGCUGACUCAGGUUUGUUCGAGGGAGGAGAGAGCAAGAAGAGGCGCGUGUCGCCCUACACGUCCAGCACAGAAAAUUCCCCUCCCAACCGCAGUGCAGAGGCUUGCGAAAAGGACAAUUGCAGUGACGCGGGCUACUACGGCUUCUACACCCACUGAAGACUAGCACUCAGACUGUGCUCCUGCUGUCUUCCACCCACCAUCUGUCUGCAUGGCCCGAGACGCAGGGAUUGAGCUCUCUGUGAUAGUAGCCACAGUGCCAUGUGUUAGGUGGCCCCUCUGUGCUUUGUGUUCCCUGUGUUAGAUGUUUGGGGGUCAUGUGGAGGUGUUCUGAAGGUCACUGUCACACAAAAGCAGAAAGACGAUGUGACUGCGCUGAGACACUUGCCUGGAGACACACAGACAGACAGACCUGUGUGACUUUAGCAGCUUAAGAUUUCACAGCACACCUGCUGACACUCCCCCAAAGGAACUGUCUCUGUCCCCCUCGUCAGCCACAGACAUGAAAACACCUCACGCACCACAAGCACACUCAAACAAACAAUCAAAUCGUUUUGAUCAGAUUCACAUCUAUCUUGAAAAAAUUGACUUAGAGGUAUAGUCUGUUAUUAACUCUCUGUAUGCAUAACUUCAAAAACAACUGGAUUGUUGCACACAAAUCCUUUCAUUGGUCUCUAAAUGCCAUGAAAUCGACUUGCUUAAGAUGUGAUGCUGUGGACCUGUAAGCAUGUACUGAUAUAACAUCUUCAGAUCAGUUGCUCUGACAUAGUUGUUAUUUGAUGGAUGAUCUCAUUGGAAAACACAUCAGCAAUUUACAUAUUAAGCAGAUGAUUUAUAUUUAAACAAAGCAAUGUUGCAUGCACUUGAGUGCUACAUAAAAAAUUUGCACAAUACAAAUGUAAUACAUUGCGCAUUUGAAUGUGAGCCUUUAUUACAGUGCAACAUUUCUAUGUCCAUUCAAUCCUAAAAUGCACUCCUACAGGGAGCACAACCAAUAAGCACAUUAAAGUCCAGGCCACUCAGACAACACAUGCUGGAAAUAAAAUAGCCAUGAUGUCUAACAGAUCAUGGCUAUAUGCACCAGCUGGAAUUCCAUCCUUUAAUAGAUAGACAUAAUAAAGCUUGACAGAAUGCUUGACAAUUAUUAAAUAUUAUAAGUAUAAAUAAAACAAAUGGGGGACUAAUAUAUCAAUCAUAAGACUAGUACCAUUGUUACAAAAUUAUUUAUUAAAAUUAAUUAUUAUUAUUUUAAAAUUUCUAUUGUUGUUUUCACAAAAAUAUUAAGCUGUUUUCAACAUGAUAAGAACAGUCAAGCAGCAAAUCAUCAAAUUAGAAUGAUUUCUAAAGGAGUAUGAGACACUGAAGACUGAAGUAUGGCUUCUAAGAAAUUAAAAACAAAAUAUGAUCAGGUUUAUGAUCAAAUAAAUGCAGCCUUCAUGACUAUAAAGAAUUAUUUUCGAAAUAUUGCAAACGUCUUUAAAACAAAAAAUGCACUGCUUCAGAUAUACACAACAACACACAGGUGAAGGUUAAUAAAUGUUACAUUUAAAAUGCAAAACUGAGACAUGUAGUAAUUAUAUCCUGAUUACUCUAAAGUUUUAUGAUUCUGAAAGAGAGAAAGAAAAAAAAUGUUUUACUUUUCAUACUGUAGACUGGCAACUUAUGUUAUGGCGAUUGUUUGAGACAGGGCCUUCUCAGGUUUCAUUUAGCUAAAGUCCACGAGUUAAGAUAAACACACCAGUGUCAAGCUGAUGACCUGUAACAGGACAUACUUAAACCAACAGCAUCAUGUCUUGAGGCGUCGCACAUGACGGUAUACAGAUAGACAGGGUGGAAAAAUGGACACCUGGCAGGGGCUUCAGACUGACUAUACAUCAUCUUUAUUCAAACAACAGAGUAACAUGCAGACAGCCCACACACAGACAUCAGUGACACAGAGGAAGAAUGAGCCUUCAGUCUAAGCCUAUCAGGCACCGCUGGCAUUCAAAGGUGAGAAUGACCUCAGACAGAUAAGUGGGUGACAAGAUGUCACUGCAGAAGACACACACAGACUUCUGGAACAAACCGGAAACCUGUGAACUGUCCAUUUAUAGAAGCUUCCUGCAUCUUCUGAUCACAAAUAUGCACACAGACAUAGGCAUAUGGUCUGUGUUCUAAUAUGAAACCAUUGUAAAAUAAAACCAUUAAAAAUGAUGACUAUUCGUAAAAAUGCAUUGCCAUCUGUGUUCAAAGAAGUUUUCGAGAAAUUGUAAAGUGCUGCAAAAACCAACAUGGCAUCAAUAUUCUGUGGCCACACUGUGGUCACAGGAUUGUUUUUUUUGUUUUUUGUUUUUAAGUCAGCAAACUGACUCUAACUGCCUCUGUUAAUUUUUCAUACAUGUAUUUUGAUGCGAAAGCAAAUGAAACAAGAGUAAUAUGGUUAAGACUACAUUAUUUUAAAAUGCCAUUACUGUAUUAGAAACUCAUUUUCAGAUACCAUGCUUAGUUAUUUAGCAUAUACCAUGCAAUUUAGAUGCUGGGAAAUUUGUAAUAUUUUACAAAUGUAAUUCAUUAAUUUGCUUAUGGGUUUAUUAAGGUUAGUUAUUGGGAAUUUGUCAAUGAUAAACAAAAAAACAUAAAUGAUAAACAAAAAAAUAUUUAACUGACAAUCAACAUUAAAGAACAAAUUAGUAUUUUAAAGUGCAAUUAAAGUGUUUCUAUGUUAAUUUAAUGUAAUGUUUAUGUUUGGUUUCUUUUUAUACACUGAAAUGCACUGAGAAGUUUGUUACUGUUGAUGUGAACUGAAAAUAAUGAACAAAUUGUCUGUUGUUGUCAUAUUAGCAGUCAAUCCAUGUUUUGGCUGACCCCUGGUGGACAUUAUGCUCCUCAUAUCUUAGAGUGUCAAUAGCAGGGACCUAUUUAGGUUAUUCUCUCAGACUGGCACCAUCCUUGUCUAUCAAUUUAAGUAAUGUUACUAAUAAUAAAAGAGGUGCUUCUGUAGUAAGUUUCCUCAGCCAAGCAAACUGAGCCUCAGAUACAGCUGUCAAAACACUGUAUAUAAUAUUAAAUGAUGUUUUUGAUUCAUUCUAAAUGUAAUAAAGACUGAACUAUACAA